UGAUUGGCGAAUUGGAAAGGGAGAAAUGCCGCGCAUGGCAAUGGUCUUGGAAUAUUAAGCCACCCUUCCGGCCCCCGGAUUAUUCUGGAAACGUGCUCACCUGGAUUCAACCGACCUGUCUUUAUGCGGAUUGCGGCACAGAUCCCGGACGCCCCCUACCGCAUUGGGCAUAUCAAUGGCACCUAACUUGCUCAUUCCCACUCGCAAGUGGCUGAAAUGGGCAGCGGACACAGACAAGUUCCGUGGGUCGUACCAGAGAAGAGUCGAUAAGGUCACUUAUCCCCGAAUAUGUUGGCUUCGGGUUUGUUUUGCACUCGGAGACGUUCGAGUGGGCAUCGAAGGAAAACGCGAACUCGAAACCGACAUUCGCCAUGAGGUCUCAUCUGCUUCUCGGACUGUUGCUGGGUGUCCUACCAUGGACCGCCGUCGCGCUGAUCGGCGCCGGCGGCCAAAGAAUGUUCUAUCCAGCAUGCGCAUAUGCAUGUCUUAGGGCUCUCGACCCGUUCAUGUUGGAUUGUUCUAGCCACGAUGGCGCAGGAGGCGGCCACUCCCACGGCAGCACAGGCAUGACAUCGCCAGAGUGUCGAUCUGGGAACAAGCCCUACUUGUCGACACUGGCGUGGUGUAUGCACACCCGAUGCACCGACGAUAGCGUGCCGGCCUGGGAGCUCGAGAAGUUCUGGGGCGAGCAGGCCACGCAAGAUCCGACGGUGGCCCCGAAAUGGGACUACGGUGCCACCGUCGCCAACAUCUCCCAGCCGCCAACGGAGGUGGCCGACCCGGAAGAGAUGCUCGAAUCCACCGCGCUGGCGCCCGAGGUUCCUUGGAAGACGCAGUACAAUACCAUGACCACCAUGGAGUACGAAGAAACGAUGCACGCACGAUACGGCAUCAUAAUCCUCGUCGUCGGCUUCGGCAUCCCCAUCUUCUUCACCGGCCUGCGCCACCUACCCUACAUGUCGGCCCUCCUCGACCGCAUCAACCCUUACCUCGUCUACCCCUCAACCUGGGGCACGCUCCAGGUGCAACCACUACCCUACCUGCUCGGCAACGCACCAACAAUCGGCCAGGCGCUGUACGUGGCGGUGCUGCUGGUGCUCAACGUCGUGCUCUCGGCCGUGUCGUACCGCUCCAUGCAGCCCAACGCCUGGUACGCCACCCAGUACCAGGAGAUCCUCGCGUGGAUCAUGUACCGCACGGGCAACCUGGGCUUUGCCCUGUUUCCGCUGGUGAUGCUGCUCGCGGGCCGCAACAACGUGUUGCUGUGGCUGACUGAUUGGUCCCAUGCGACCUACGUGCUGCUGCACCGCUGGGUGGCGCGCAUCUUUGCCCUGCAGGUGCUGCUGCAUUCGAUUGUGGCGCUGGUGCUGUACAAAGAUACUGGCGCGUAUCCAGCCGAGGAGAAGCAGCUGUAUUGGAUUUGGGGCGCCGUGGCGACGGUUGCGGUUAGUGUCAUGGUGCUGGUGAGUGGGUUGCCACUGCGGCGGUGGUCGUAUGAGAUUUUCUUGAUCCUGCAUAUCCUGCUGGCGGUGUUUGUCGUGGUUGGGUGUUGGUAUCACGUCGAGCUGCGGUUUGAGCGGAUGUUUGGGUAUGAGAUGUGGAUCUACGCGACAUGCGCAGUGUGGUUCUUCGACCGCCUCAUCCGAGUCCUGCGCGUCCUCAAGGCCGGCAUACGCCGCGCCAGGGUAACCGAGAUCGGCGACGGUUUCGUCCGCGUCGACAUCGAGGGCGUCCGCUGGGGCACCACGCCCGGCCAGCACGCCUACGUGUACUUCCCGACCCUCAACCCGCUCCGGCCAUGGGAGAACCACCCGUUCUCCCUCCUCCCCUCCUCCAUCCUCUCCCCAACCACCACCACCACCACCACAACUCCACCCACGGCCGCCACAACCGCCUCCUCAGACGACGACCCCGAAAAGUCCGCCCCCAAACCCACCACAACCACCACCACAACCCCCCACCCCCACACCCCCCCAACAGCAGCAGCAGCAACACCAGCAGGAAUAACAUUCAUAAUCCGCAAAUCCACCGGCCUAACCCGCCUCCUCAAAUCCCACACCUCCCUCCCGGCCCUCCUCGACGGGCCCUACCCCAACAACCCGACCACAGGCAUCCAACGCUGCGACCGCGUCCUGCUCAUCGCCGGCGGCAUCGGCAUCACCGGUCUCCUCCCCUGGGCGCGCGCCCACCCCAACGCUCGCCUAUGCUGGAGCGUGCGGGCUACCGCGGCGGCGCUGGCCGAGGCGCUGGGGCCUGCGUUGGAGGGGGUCCCGGCGGGGGAGAGGGAGGUGCGGGUGGGGAGGCGGUUUGAUGUGCGGGGGUUGGUGGCGGAGGAGGUGGCGGCCGGGUGGAGGAGGAUUGGGGGGGUGGUGGUGGAGUUGGAGGUGGAUGCUUAUUCUUGGUGAUUUAGGUAGGUAGGUACCUAGGUAGGGAGGUAAUUAAAGGGGGGUGGGAGUGUUGGUUAGGUUGGCUUGGUUAUCAUGGUGGUUGGGCUCCUCUCCUGUUCUGUUU